AUGGCAUGUGUCCAGACACCUGUCCCCACCGCCCCCCAUUUUAAACAUAGCUUUGAUUACCAAAUAGAAGUGGAGUUGUUCCACCAGUGUGAAAGAGUUAAGAAAAUACCCUCCAAACAGAUCCUGGCUUUAACAGAGGGGUCUGAUGGUCAAAAGGUGUGCUAUGGUGACUUCAAGCGCUCUUGUUACAAGUUAGCUUAUUUCCAGGACUUGUCUAGACGUGUGGGCUUUCAGGAGGCCCGCCAAGCUUGUGAAAUUGAUGGUGGGGCUUUACUGAGCUUGGAAAGCGAAGCUGAGCAGCAACUGAUAGAAAACAUGUUACAAAACCUCACGAAAUCUGGCUCCGGGAUUUCUGAUGGUGAUUUCUGGAUUGGGCUGUGGAGAAGUGGCGAUGGACUAGCCACUUCAAGUGCUUGCCCUGACCUCUACCAGUGGGCUGAUGGAAGUAUUUCACCAUUCAGAAAUUGGUAUACAGAUGAGCCUUCCUGUGGAAGUGAAGCCUGUGUUGUGAUGUAUCAUCAGCCAACUGCAAACCCUGGCCUGGGAGGGCCAUACCUUUAUCAGUGGAAUGAUGAUAGAUGCAACAUGAAGCACAAUUUUAUCUGCAAGUAUGGCCCAGGUAUUUUUCCAACGGUGCCAGCAGGAAAUCCUCGUGACACAAGCAAACCAGAAGAUCAGUAUCAUGUUAUUGCUACUGAAACAGGUAUAAUUCCAAAUCUAAUUUAUGUUGUGAUACCCACUAUACCACUACUGCUGUUGAUACUGGUGGCUUUUGGGACUUGCUGUUUCCAGAUGCUUCAUAAAAGGGAAGCAAGGAGACACUGCUUCAAAGACCCAUCUCCAUUAUCAUCUGAAUGCCUUGCAGAAAGUUUAAAUUCCAACCUGUAAAGGAAGAACAAAAACCAGUCCAAACCAGUCCACAUUAUGGAUUUCAAAGACGCCUAGGAAGGACAGUAGCAUGGAGGUAUAAUGAUUCACUGACUGAAAACAAAGCAAACCCAACAUUAUGCAGUCAGGCUGUAUUAUAAUGUCGUCAAAGAACAUUAGCUUGGAAUGGCUUGAAAAUGCAAAGGAUCUACAAGAAUGAACUGUAAGCUCCCCCUUGAGGCAAAUGUUCAGAUCAUUUUUAUAUAAUGUUGGAUUAUUAAUUCAGUAACAAAAUAUGCCAUGCUAAAUAAAGGGUAUGUGUUUAUUUUGCUAAGAGA